AUGAAAUUAUUGUUGUUGAUAUUGAUCUGCUCAGGAUCCUACGCAGAUGAGGAGAUUUUUUCUCUGCCAAUGAUUUCCGAAGGAAUGGAAAUCAUGAAUCAAACAUUUUUUGAGAUGGAAGAGGAUCAUGAACGGUUAUGUGGAGUUGAGGGAAGACUUUUAAAAGAAAAAGGAAAUCGACUUGUGCAAUGCACAUCGGAUGACGAUUGCUUACCGCCCUCACAAUGCCAUACUACCGGCUACUGCUGCAUGAUCGCACUGAAUCAGGAACCACCGCCUGUCGGCUGCCCUAUCGGAACACGUCCACUUGUGAAUUCUUCCGGAGCGGAGCUCACCUGCUCAUCAUCCGUACCGGAUUCUUGUCCAGGAGGAGCGUUAUGUUACACGGAUACGUUGACAAAUGUUAAACGAUGUUGCGGUAAUGAUCCAGGACAAGGAUGUCCAUCCGGCUCACGUGUGCUGCUAACAGCUCAUCAAAAACCUCAGUUAUGUACGCCAGGUAGAGCAGACGCUAUAUGCCCUCGCGGAUUUCUUUGCCAAUGGAGCCAUCUCAUCGAUCGAUAUCAAUGUUGUGAACCGGAUAAUGGAUGUCCUAGACAUCAGACCCCUCAAAAAACCGAGUUUGGCAUCGCGAUUUCGUGUAGUCCUGGCGGAGCACCGUGUCCUGAUGGUGGUGGAUGCCAUUUUAAUUUCUGGACAGCGUCCUAUCAAUGCUGUAAACUUGACGUCGCAGAUCUAUGCCCUGUUGGUCAAGUUCCAUUCCUAGUGCAAUCGAAUGGAGAACCGAAAUCAUGCAAAAAUAACUUUGACUGUCCUUCCGGCUAUCACUGCGGUGAAAAUAGCGUGUGUUGUGGGACAGCGGGCAGUUGUCCUGCCGAUCGACAAGCAGCUCAGGAUAAAUACGGCCGUCUGACAGCGUGCACAUCGCGAAAUGGGAACACCUGCCCUUCCGGAUCAGAAUGUAUGGAUACAAGCACAGUCUCGCAACAACUCUGCUGCGAGCAGAUCGAAUACACCUGUCCAGGAUAUUCUACACCGUAUCCAAGUCAACGAUUUCCGCAAAAAUGCAACAUAAUGGAUACGUGGGCGUGCGGUGAUAAACAGUGCAUGCCUAGCAACAUUCCCAACGUUCACAUAUGUUGCCAGUCCACCAUUAUCCGUCAAAGGGAUUUCAAUCCCUGCCCGGCCGGAUGGAUGCCGAAUGAUAAUAUUGUCACUUUCUGCACUCCUUCCUUUCAAACUUCAACAUGUCCUGGAUUCUCGUCUUGCCUACGUUCGUCCAGCAUUCAACAACAAUUUGUGUGCUGCGUGCCGACCGCUGCUGCAAUCAGCGAUCGCUGCAUUGAUCCCAAAGCGACGGUUGAAUUUAUUGGAGACGUCGAAAGAAAAUGCACUCCAAACACCAAUUCAUGCUCCAAUGGCUUUUCCUGCCAGCCGUCAAGAAAGAACGGCUGGUUGUGUUGCUCGAUCCGAGCGGCGGCAGCUCAGUUCACCUGUCCACUUCCUGGCCAACAACCGGUUCGUACGACGGACGGAAGCAACCAGUUCUGUUCAAGACCUGGUCAACGAGACGAUUGUCCUCAGAGAGCUCUAUGUCUCUCCUCUGGUAAUUCUCCGAAUCUCUUUAUCUGCUGCUAUUCAGCUGCUUUUCAAGUGACACCAAUUUGCCCGAAUAAUGGAGUACCACAGCCGGCUCCGUUUGCAGAAAACUACAAAUCGUGCUCCAUGACAUCGUUGGACGACUGCGACUCAGGUUUCUCAUGCGUACGAUCCGCCAACGACUACUCUGUUCAAAUGUGCUGUACCGUUGGACUUUUACAGCCACAACAACCCGUUUGCCCUAGCCAGGCAACACUUCUUACCGAACGUGGACGUCCAGUGUACUGUACUUUAUCGCAACCGCUCUCAUGUCCUAAAGAGUACAGUUGUCAACAAGCUGUUGGAACACCUGGUACGUUCGUGUGCUGUUCAGGAUCUAAAACACAUGUAUGUCCAGCGCCAUAUUCUGCUGCUAUCGAUGGAGAAGGUAAUCAGAUCUUUUGCUCUCCUUCCAAUAUCUCUGACUGUCCUGGUGGGUCUAGUUGUUUGGAAUCCACACAGGACACAUCUGUGCAUUUAUGUUGCCGAAAAGAUGAGGCGAAGGACGAGCCCGACAGGGGCUCUGGGCCAACGGGUGAUGAAGGGGACCCUCAAGCGGACGGGCUCACUAACUUUAUUAUCCUUGAACGGGAGGGUUACACCUGCCAAUGGUCAGCCACCCUGGCGCAAUAUGUUUGCUGCGGUCGUACGCCUGUACCGGCACAUUGUGCCGAUGGGAGAAGCACGUAUGAGCAAAUUUCCGGUCAAACAUAUUCAUGUAACCCGUUGGUCUUCCCGUCCUCAUGUCCUAUCGGCUAUGAAUGUGACCUAUCCACCGUAUCAGGGAUUAGUGUUUGUUGCGCAAUUGAAACAACAACUACAACGACGACAUCCACAACUUCUCUGGCACCUGUUCUGCCACCGGUCACAGCUCCCGAACCUUUAUAUGCGCUUCAAUGUCCAAGCGGGUGGAACCCGUAUCGUAAUGAUCUUGGCUUUCAGCCAAGAAGUUGCAGUGGUCUUCUAGAUAUGAGCUGCCCAAUUGGAUACUCAUGCUCCCCAUCUACAGUAGUUGGGAAUUUUAUUUGUUGUCGAUUAGCAACGUCUGUACGAUGCCUUACUGGCGAUACGUUCUUGGCCAACACAUUCCCGAGACUAUGCAAUAGAUUCAGAUCCGGUGAAUGUCCUCGAGGGUAUACAUGCCAACAGAGUAGUCAGCCUACCAUAUCAAUCUGUUGCGGUACAGGACUUUCCGUCGAUCGGACUCUGUGCUAUAACGGUCGUGAACCGGCGUUGUUGAAUGGAUACGUUCGAAGCUGCCCAACUGAAGGAUCAGCGGACGGUUGUCCAGGUGGUCAUACUUGCCAGAGAGCCAGUAAUGGACUGCUUGUGUGCUGCAGCAGCUCCUACUCUAGAAGCGAAAUCAAACCAACUACAAUGGAAAUAUGUCCGGAAAGCAGACAACCCGUCUUUUCACCCGGCACAAACGAAAUCGUCUAUUGUGAUCAAACUGCAUUCACGUGCUCAAAUAAAAAGGCGUGUCUGCCUAAAGUUAAAAGCGAUCGUUACGUGUGCUGCUCGGAUAUUCCAAGAUGUUCCGUUGGAACAGGAGAGGUUGGUCUCGGCGGAGCAUUGAAAAAAUGCAUAAAUUCAGUGGAGUGUAGCCCAGGAAACGUGUGCAGGCCGUCAAAUGUUGACGGUGUUCAUCUUUGUUGCUCCUCCGGUGCCAUUCCAGCUGGAGAGGUAGUUGACACUCUUUCAAAGGUCUCAGUCGCAAAUGUUGAUGACGAAGACUGGGUAGUCAUUGAAGGCUAA